UCCCAUCUCUGCUCCCCUCGUCCGCCUCCGCCGACCCCCAGCUCCUCGCCCCGAGGAAGGGUGCGCGAAGCGUGCGUCUCCCAUCCACCGAAAUCUAUGAUCAGCUCGGUGUGUGUCUCCUCCUACCGUGGACGCAAGUCGGGGAACAAACCACCUUCCAAAACAUGCCUGAAGGAAGAGAUGGGCAAAGGGGAAGACUCGGACAAGAUCACCAUCAAUGUAGGGGGCACCCGGCAUGAGACCUACAAAAGCACCCUGCGGACUUUGCCGGGCACCCGUCUGGCCUGGCUCGCCGACCCCGAUGCCCAGAGCAACUUUGACUUUGAUGGUAAAAGCAAUGAAUUCUUCUUUGACCGCCACCCUGGGAUCUUCUCCUAUGUGCUCAACUACUACCGCACCGGCAAGCUGCACUGCCCGGCCGACAUCUGCGGGCCCCUCUUCGAGGAGGAGCUGACCUACUGGGGCAUCGACGAGACCGACGUGGAGCCCUGCUGCUGGAUGACCUACCGCCAACACCGCGAUGCCGAAGAGGCGCUGGACAUCUUCGAGAGUCCCGAACCCGGUGGAGGGGCUGGUGGAGAAGAGCCUGAAGAGGAAGGGGGUAGGGAGAUGGCCCUUCAACGCCUGGGCAUGGAGGACAGGCUGCCAGGGGCGGCAGGGGCUGCCGGAGGGGGUGGCUGCUGUCGGAAUUGGCAGCCCAGGAUGUGGGCACUCUUUGAGGAUCCCUAUUCAUCCAAGGCGGCAAGGGUAGUUGCUUUUGCUUCGCUCUUCUUCAUCCUGGUCUCCAUCACAACCUUCUGCCUGGAGACACAUGAGGCCUUCAACAUCAAUGUCAACGUGACGGAGACCCUCGUGGUUGGCAACACCACGACAAUCCUGCUGACGCAUAAGGUGGAGACAGAGCCCAUCCUCACCUACAUCGAAGGGGUCUGCGUCCUGUGGUUCACCCUCGAGUUCUUGGUUCGCAUCAUCUGCUGUCCAGAUAAGCUUCUCUUCAUUAAAAACCUGCUCAACAUCAUUGACUUUGUGGCCAUCUUGCCCUUCUACCUGGAGGUAGGUCUUAGCGGCCUGUCCUCCAAAGCUGCCCGGGAUGUGCUGGGCUUCCUGCGGGUGGUCCGUUUCGUCCGGAUCCUCAGGAUCUUCAAGCUGACACGGCACUUUGUGGGCCUCCGGGUGCUGGGCCACACACUCCGGGCUAGCACUAAUGAAUUCCUGCUCCUCAUCAUCUUCCUCGCCUUGGGGGUCUUGAUUUUCGCCACCAUGAUCUACUAUGCUGAGCGGAUUGGAGCUAAGACGUCCGACUCCAGUGGGAGCGACCCGACUCACUUUAAGAACAUCCCCAUUGGGUUCUGGUGGGCUGUGGUCACGAUGACGACCCUGGGCUAUGGCGAUAUGUACCCCAAGACCUGGUCAGGCAUGGUGGUGGGGGCUCUCUGUGCAUUGGCUGGGGUGCUCACCAUCGCCAUGCCUGUGCCCGUCAUUGUCAAUAACUUUGGGAUGUACUAUUCCCUGGCCAUGGCCAAGCAGAAGCUGCCAAAGAAGAAGAAAAAGCAUAUACCCCGUCCGGCCCCACUGGACUCCCCUACCUACUGCAAAUCUGAGGAGAACUCCCCCCGCAACAGCACCCAGAGCGACACCUGCCCCUUGGCAGUAGAGGAAGGGGUGGCUGAGCGGAAACGGUCAGACUCCAAGCAGAACGGCGAGGCCAACGUGGUGCUGUCGGACGAGGAGCAGCCGCUGUCACCAUCUGACGAGGAGAAGCGGCCCAUGCGGCGCUCUAGCACCCGGGAUAAGAACAAGAAAUCCUCCACGUGCUUCCUCCUGGCCACGGGUGACUUCUCCUGCACGGCGGAUGGAGGCAUCCAGAAAGACACCUGCCAAGAUGUCCUCUCUUCCAGUUACCCCCAGGGUGAGGUGGUCACCUUCUCCUGAGCCCCGGCUGGAUGCAGGCAGCACCCCGGCGAGGGAUGUGUGCCCCGAGGGAUGCUCUCCCCGAGGGAUGCUCUCCCCAAGGCAGAGGGACGUGCACCCCAAAGGAUGCUUUCCCUGAGGCAGUGGGACGUGAACCCCGAGGGAUGCGUUUCCUGAGGCUAAGGGAUGUUUUCCCAAAGGGAUGCUCUCCCUGAGGCCAAGGGAUGCUCUUCCUAAGGCUAAGUGAUGCAUCCCACUAGGGAUGCUCUGCCCAAGACCAAGGUAUGCUCUGCCCAAGGGAGAUGCUCUCACCAGUGCCGAGGGAUGCUCUGCCCAAGGCUCAGGGGUACGUUCCCCCAGGGGUGCUCUCCCUGAGGCCAAGGGAUGCUCCCUCCAGUGAGCUUUGCCUGCCCAGUGCAGCAACCCGAAGCUCUGGCUGCCCCCUCUGUGUCUGGGGGGCUUGGCAGCCGGGUUCCCUGCCAGAGAGGGGCAGCAGGGCCAGGAGGGGAGGUCGGGGGACUGGGGGCUGCCCUGCUCCCCUGCCUGCUACCAGCCCCUCUGCACACACUGUCCCCUCCUCUCGCCCGUGCUUUCGGAUGCAUCCCCUGGCCGCUGCUGUCCUGCUGGAGAGACCCGGCCGGAGCCCAGCCUCCGCCACGGAGCCUCGUCAGCUGCUCGCCCCUCGCUCCCGCCCGUGGCUCCAUCCAUGCUCUGACCAUCUCCGUCGUCAAACUAGGGGCUCUCCAUGAUUUCAGGUGCCACGAGGGGGUUGCUGCACCAUCGCCCCCCUGGUGGAUGUGCCCCAGGCAGAAGGGGGCAGACGGGGUUGGCUGGGGCACGGGGACAGGGCCAGGAAGCAAUAGCAGUGCCAGAUGCGGGUGCCACGGUGGGGUGAGCCCGGCUGGCCUGGAAGGGUCAGUGUCUUUCUAAUGCUGUUACAUAUCUCUGUGAUCAAGGCAAUACUACUCCCAUUUCCUUUGUCCUGUACGCAUGCCUCUACCUGUCCAGCCGUAGUAGAGUUCUAAUAAAGACAUCCACGAGCUGAGUCAGCUCCCGUA